GGCACCGUCAGCGUUGUCUAAAAUGGCGGGCGUGCUGUUCGAGGAUAUUUUCAAUGUGAAAGACAUCGAUCCAGAGGGCAAGAAAUUCGACAGGGUGAGCAGGCUCCAUUGCGAGUCCGAGUCCUUCAAGAUGGACCUGAUCCUGGACAUCAACAGCUGGCUAUACCCCAUGGAUCUGGGUGAUAAAUUUCGCCUGGUGCUCGCGACGACCUUGAGGGAAGACGGAUAUCCCGAUGGAGGGGAGUGGAACGCGACGGAACAGGAAGGAGGUUCCAGAGCAGACAGUUUUGAGUACGUGAUGUCCGGCAAGGUGUAUCGAAUCGAGGGUGACGAAGCGAGCAACGAGCCCAGCAGCAGACUAUCCGCCUACGUGUCAUUCGGAGGACUGCUGAUGAGGUUACAGGGUGAUGCAAACAACCUACACGGUUUCGAGAUCGAUCAACAUAUGUACCUACUCAUGAAGAAACUUGCAUUUUAACUGCGUUAUACGUUCACGACAUGACCUAGGAAAUUCCAAUUUGAAACACAUUUUCUUUGUUUUCAAGCGUGGUAUCGCAGGCUUGGUGUUGAACUAUCCAAAGCGAUCGAUGUAUCCUACGCGAAAACCAGUUCUAUGCGUUUCUAUUUGAAAGAAAGAAAAAAACAUCAGGUACACACACACUAUUCUUCAUGGAUUACCAUUGAGCAUUGUCACUGCCAUUGCGAUUUGUGAGAUAUGGUAAUUAAUAAAGAUAUUUUUACACUUGA